AUGACAGCCAACGGUUCUAUUAAGCGAAACCCCCUCUCCAAGGGAGUCUAUGUGCCCACGGUCGCAUUCUUCAAGCCAGAUGAAGAGUUAGACCUGGAGACCACCGAGAAACACGCCGCAUACUUGGCCCGCAGUGGUGUGACUGGUCUAGUCACCCAGGGAAGUAAUGGCGAAGCGGUACACUUGGACCGUGAGGAGCGCAAAGCCAUCACAGCCGCCACACGUCGCGCCGUGGAUGCUGCAGGUUAUCCAUCACUGCCUGUAAUUGCUGGAUGUGGUGCCGCCUCCACUCGAGAGACUAUUCAACUUUGCAAGGAUUCCGGUGAGGCCGGUGCCGACGCUGUACUGGUCCUACCUCCCAGUUACUACAAGGCCCUCGUAAGCAACGAGGCCCUGCACGCACAUUUCCAAGCCGUGGCCGAUGCAUCGCCCAUUCCCGUUCUCAUUUAUAACUUCCCCGGUGCCUCUUCUGGACUGGAUUUGUCCUCGGACGACAUCCUCGCACUGUCCACGCACCCCAACAUCAUCGGGUGCAAGCUCACCUGCGGUAACACGGGCAAGCUGACUCGAGUCGCUGCCUCGUCCAAGCCAGAGUUUUUGACGUUUGGUGGAUCGGCUGAUUUCACUCUUCAGACGUUGAUCGCUGGUGGUGACGGUAUCAUUGGCGGGGUCGCCAACCUCAUCCCUCGAUCCAGUGUGCGCGUGAUGGAGCUGUACCGCAGUGGGAAGGUUGAAGAGGCGCAAAAGCUGCAGGCUAUUGUUGCGCGUGCGGACUGGGGUGCCAUUCAUGGCGGAUUUGUCGCUGUGAAGAGUGCUUUGCAAUCAUACCGUGGAUAUGGUGGACUGCCCCGUCGUCCUUGUGUGGUGCCGUCCCAGAAGGCCAUUGCGGCCAUUCAUGAAGAGUUCCGAGAGGGGAUGGAGACUGAGAAGGCACUAGAAGGUUGA